AUGCAGUCCGUCUCCCACCUGCGCCCUCGAGCUCAUCGCCGACAAGCCCCAUGGGAAGGCCCAGGGGCUCCGGCGGAUCGCCCCUUCGGCGGCUUGAGCUCGAGGCUGGAGAAAUCGAGCCUCGCGUUCCCUCUGGAGAGCCCGACGGCCUCCGACCCCGCGAGACUCUCGUGCGAAUUCAAGGUCGGAGAUGGAAACGUCGGAGGAGAACCGAAGCCUCUUCUCCUUCCCCUGGUCGUCCAGAGGUCCGGGAAAUCUUCCCGUUACACCUGGGACGGGGCGAGCCUCGCCCUGGUGGAUUUCGAGCGGGAGCCGCCGGAAGAUCGCGAGUCCGUCAACGGCGGACUCGCCCGCCUGAUUCAGACCUCGACUCUGGCGAUUCGGGGAUUGUUCGUCCCCCGCCACGUUCAGGAGAAUUACAUGGGUUAUCUCAGGUGGAAGUUCUUGCAUCGGCUCUUCAGCUCCUCUCUCCAGGUUCUCGCGACUCAGGUACUCCCUCCGACCGAUCGAUCUCUCCUUCCCCGAGCAGAAUCGUUCGAACCUAAAUGCUGCACCGGAGAAGCGUGAUUAGAGGUGGAACUGAAACGGGAUUGAAGGAGGACGAACGACUAUUUUCCAAUGGGAAAUCCCCCCUCGAUCCACUGAUCAAUCCAGCCGUUUCUGGCUGCUUAGGUCGUAGCUCUCGAUUUCUACCUCGCUUCUGCAGAUUAAAAUCCCCCGCCGAUAUCGAUUAUCUGCAGGCAAUGUUUAGGGCAAUCGGGAUCGGAUCCUCGCAGGCGCUCUCAUCUGCGGCCGCGCUGAAUUGGCUGCUGAAGGACGGGCUCGGAAGGCUCAGCAGGUGCAUAUACACUGCCAGCCUUGGAUCCACAUUCGACACAAAUCUGAAGGUGCUCUCCCUUCUCUCAAGUUCAUAAGCGUCCAUUUCUGAUCUUUCGAGCUCGAGACAGUACUUGAUGUUCUUCCGUCGUGGACAGAUGGUCAGGUUCUCCACAUCGAUCUUGUUCAGCCUAAGCAUCGGAAUAGAGCUGCUGACUCCUCUUUUCCCCCAGAAGUUUCUGCUUCUUGCGACAUUGGCAAACGUCGCGAAAUCUAUCAGUCUCGCCGCCUACAUUGCUACCGGGGUAUGCUCAUGCUCACUAGUCCUUUGCGAAUUAAUCUGUUUCCAAGUUCUCAUCAUCACCAUAGCUUCCUCAUCGGAGACCGACCAGAACUGCUAAUCUAGAGCUCUGUUUUUUCUUGCCGAUUAUUUCAGUUCCAUCGCCUCAUCGUUCGGAUUAUGGAAAUUAAUCUGUUUCCAGGGUUAUCAUGGAAAGUAAUCAGAAUUGUGUUCUCUACGAGUUUUUUUCUCCACCAUUCAGUCUAACAAGGGAAUAUCGGUUCAUAAAUCCGCCGUCUACAUCUGCUAAUCUUCCGGAAAUCAAUCUGUCUCGAACUCAUGUCACUAGAGUACCUUUUCCCAUGCAUCUGAGACUGUAACUUCUCACUAUACAUCCGGAGCAUUCUGACCAAUCGCGUCAGUUCAUAGCCAUUGUGUGUUCUAUCUUCCUCUUUUUGAUUAAUUAAAUUGAGUCUAUUUUUUUCACCCUGCACUCUGCUAGUUCCUACCCAUUUACAGCUGCUGAUACGAGAUCUAAGUCAACGGGCAUAGCUUUAAUUGCUUCGCAAGAAAUCCAGCGGUCCUUUUAUUUAUUUUAUUUUUUGAAAUCUCUCAGUCCAGCUUGUUCUUGUCUUGACAGUCUGCCAUCCAUCGCAGUUUCGCCAUAGCCGACAAUCUCGGUGAGGUUUCUGCAAAGGCGCAGGUGAAUCAUCUCCCCUUCUUCCUUCCUCCUCCCCUCCCGUCUGGGGGCGUCUGCCCACAUCAUCUGCUCGAAUCCUACUGAGAUCUGUCCCCUGUUCCAGCUGCAGACGGUCUGUUUUGACAACCUGGGUCUAGUUCUUGCGGGUUUACUGAAUGUUCUGGGCAGGAAUAAUAGAAGGUGGACUUUGAUCCCGAACCAUGCUGAAUAAAUGUUCGUCUGGUCGUACUUGGAUGAUGAUUCCAUGGAUUCCAGAUGAUUUUCGUAGCUGUUUUCAUCACGAAUUUAACUCAUGUAUCUGCUGAUAAUUUCCAUUUUCAUGACAAUUUUCCUCAAGAUUUCAAACUGGGGUCACCUUUGUUAUAUACCCAAUUUUUGCGGCGAUUGAAUUGUUUUCAAUCUAUCAAGCUCUCAAGCACGUGCAUCUGCAGACGUUGACGAAGGUUGGUCAACUUCGAUCAAAAUUUCUCAAUAAUUGGUUUAAAGUUUGUUCUCUCUCUCUCUCUCUCUCUCUCUCUCUCUUGUUUGUCCUGAGAAAAAGGGUCCCAACUUUUGUAUGCAGAACAGGUUGGAGAUUAUUAUUGAUGCAUGGGUUCGGUCAGGGUAUGUUCCCUCGCCUGCAGAAGUGAGCCAUGAGGAAGGCGUUGACUUCCUGAACCUUAAAGGUGGGCCUAUCCGUCCCCCGGCCUUUUUUUUUUCUUUUUUUUUUUUGUAGGGUUCCUGAGAAUCAGAGGCGUGGUGAAUGACAGGAAGUGUUUUCCAUUUCAGGCAACAAGGCAUGGCCGAUCAGGAUAGGCUGCGUUGACCCUGGGUUCCAGACUUCGGCGUUUUCUUUGCCGAUCUUGCAGUGUCUGAGUGACAAGGAUCCGUAUUUCAUCUGUGUGGAGACUGCUCACAGCAACUGGACGAGGAAACCCAAGGUAAACCCUAAAACCCGUAUGGUUAUUAAUUUUGAGUUGGAUUUCUCUCUCUAGGUUUCCAAUCUGCGUCGUGGAUCUUUGCAGCAGAGGAUCCUUCUCUCCCUUCAGGAAGGAGCAGGGACCUCGGAGAUCAUCAUGGGCCUGUUGCAGGCGUGCCUCCUUCGCAGAGAGCUCGUGGCCAGCGGCGGCGUGAUCCCGGCGGAGUGGCUCCGUGCGGUGGAUGACUGCCGGAGGCGCGCGGCGGAGGAUCUCCCGGCGCUGUCGGAGGACAUCCGAAGACGCGGCUGGGCGACAAAGAACGUCCUGCUGAGCUCGCCGGAGCAGGCUCGGUACACUCUGGUGGACGACGGCUGA